UUUGACUUAAGUCACCUUCUUCCAUUCGCGGGACCUUAUUCAUUCCAGUUUUUUCAUUCAAAAUGAAUUUCAUUCGAGUGAGGUCUUCUGCGCUGGUUGGAAGUAUCGGUCGCGGCUCGUAUUCUUGUUUUACCUAUCAUUCAACUGAUAACAAACAAUCACUUUCGAGUCUUGGCUCUCUAAGGCACUUUGCAAAGUCACCAUCCAGCAGUAUGAAAUUUGUCCAGUUCAAAGCGGGUGCCGAUAGCAAGCAGCGGCUCGGUGUGCUGUCUGCAGACGGCAGCAAAGUUGCCGACAUCUCGGACGCUUUCACCGGUGAUCUAAUCGCGCUCAUCAAAGCCGGCACAUCGUUAGAUGAAGUCAAACGAAAGGUGGAACAAGCGACCAGCAUUCCGCUGACCGGGGUCAGCUUGCUGGCACCAGUAACCAAUCCGCAAAAGAUACUCUGCGUAGGACUUAAUUACCGGGGACACUGCGAAGAGCAAAACAAACCCAUUCCGAAGGAACCGAUGUUUUUCAGCAAAUAUGCGUCGACUAUCGUUGGACCGUACGAUGGAGUGACUGCCCAUCGUAUCACCGAUCAAAUUGACUGGGAGGUAGAGCUAGCUGUUAUUAUCGGAAAGGAGGCAAGGCAUGUGACCCGAGCGAAUGCCAUGGAUUGCGUUUUUGGAUACACGGUGGCGCAGGAUAUUUCAGCUCGCGAUUGGCAGAAGACUCGUAAUGGCGGACAAUUUCUGAUCGGUAAAUCCAUGGAUACGUUCUGUCCGCUGGGUCCGGCUGUAGUACACAAAUCGCUGGUUCCGGAUCCGCACAAUCUGGUUAUUAAAUGUUCCAUCAAUGGAGUGGAAAAACAGAAAGGAAAUACCAGCGAAUUGGUGUUCAGAAUUGACGAUAUUAUCGAACGAGUGACACAAUCAAUUACCCUCGUUCCUGGGGAUGUCAUUCUCACAGGAACGCCAGCCGGCGUUGGAAUGCACCGCAGCCCACCGGAGUUCCUCAAGGUUGGCGAUGUUAUUGACAGUGAAAUCGAAGCAAUUGGACAAAUCAAAAAUAAAGUCACUGCUGAUCAAUAACAAGUAUCGGUAAAAAUAUUAAGUUUGUAAUAAAGCUUUAUUGAGUUUAUCAACAUU